AGCUACAAACACAAAAGUCACAACUAACAAAUGAUGAACUAGUUGAUUAAUAAUCCCUUAAUAAUCAUUUAAUCAACUUUAACCAUACAUCCAUUAAUUAAAUUCACAUUAUUUCAAAUAUACUUAUAUAUUUAACUCUGUAAAAUCCUGAUCACGUGCAAGCUGAUGAAGAAACAAUAGCCUGUUGUUUUUUUAACUAAGGACUGGUAUAUUACUGUAGUAGUACUGUAUCUCUCGGAACCUUCAACUUAUUUUUCUGAGCUUUUUUUUCUCUUAUAAAAAAGCUGCCAAACACAAAAAAGCUAUCCACCAUUUUUCUUUGUGUAAUUUUUGGCUCUUUUCUUUGUCGUUCAUCUCUUUCCUUUUAGCUUUUUCGCUUCCCUUCUUCUUUUCUCCUUUUCAACCCUCCUUUUCCAUUUUAAUCAUCAUUAUUAAUCAUUGAUUAAAUAUAAAUUAAAUAAUUUUUUGCUAAUUAUGGCAUUAGAAGCUGUGGUCUUCUCACAAGACCCACUAAUUACUUCUUGUUCUACUAGUAGUAAUAAUAAUAAUAAUUACUUUGGAAUGAACUAUGAUUUUUCAAAUUAUUAUUCUUCCAAAUUAUUACUAGAUGAAGAUAGCCUUAAACAACAACACUUAAAUGUUGGGUUAUAUGAUAUCAACGAAAAUCUUUACGAUUUCUCGGAUUCGAUAAUUCUUGAAAAUAAUGUUCAUCAAUGGAGUCAUCCCCCUCACCAACACCAACACCAACAACAAUAUGUUCCUCCUUGUUAUUCUUCCCCGGAGGAUCAUUUAUACUUAUCUCCGCCGCCGCCUGCGGUGGAUGAGACCGCCGUUAUAGGUGGGACACGGCGGAAGAGGCGGCGGCGGAGUUGUAAAGACAAGGAGGAAGUAGAGCAUCAAAGGAUGACUCACAUUGCUGUGGAGCGAAAUAGGCGGAAACAGAUGAAUGAGUAUCUUGCUGUUAUUAGGUCCUUAAUGCCUCCUUCCUAUGUUCAAAGGGGAGACCAAGCAUCAAUAGUAGGAGGAGCAAUAAACUAUGUGAAAGAACUAGAACAACUAUUACAAUCAAUGGAGGCACAAAAAAGAUCACACAAACACCCCCGCCGCCACGACCACCACCACCAACAACCAACAUCACCACCCGAAGGCGGCGGCGGCAACAUCAAAAACAUCAAUACUCAAAAAUCAGAUUCUUCUUCAGAUACAACACCACCAUUUGCUGAUUUCUUUAGCUUCCCUCAGUACUCAACCCGGUCAAACCCGAACUCACCCGGGUCCGGGUCAGGGUCCAUGUCCGGGUUUGGAAGCGUAAACUCAGUGAGUAGCAGCAACACGAACUCGGGUGUGGGUGAUAUUGAGGUGACAAUGGUGGAAAGCCAUGCAAACGUGAAGAUAUUAGCAAAGAAACAAAGAAAGCAAUUAGUUAAAUUAAUUGCUGGAUUUCAGGGUCUUCGAUUAAAUGUUCUUCAUCUCAACGUCACUACUGUUGACUCUUUCGUUCUUUACUCUUUAAGUCUCAAGGUGGAGGAAGGAUGUCAAUUGAAUUCAGUGGAUGAUAUCGCUUCUGCUGCUAAUCAUAUCUUAGGGCAAAUUCAAGAGGAAGCUGCAUCAGAUCAUUUACUUCAAUAAUAAAAGUUUAAUUUUAUCAUAUGCAUAAUUUACGCGCGGCACUUGCAAUAAUCUGUAUUAGUAGCACUAAUUACGAUUAUAAUUUUUAUAUGAUCCUACUAAUAUCACACAUUUUCAUAACACUGAAAUCCUUAGCUUCUUAAUUACUGUUAAAUUACUCCUUUUUAAAAAUUUCUAAGUAGAAUAUUUAAAUUCAUGAUGAAUGUAUAAAAAGGCACAAUAAUUUUCAUGUGAAUUAUAUUGUCAAAUCAAACAAACAAUGUAUGUGUGUGUACAUAAUUUUCAGGGUCAAAAAUAUUCUGCAGUUUGAUCAUUCAGGUCAUUUGUCUCUA